UUUAUACUGAAUGGUUGUUUUUUAAUGUAUUUUUAUUAUUAAAUAAUGCUUUAGUAAGUUUAAAAAUAGACCAUUCUGUUAAAGGAUUUUUUUUCAAUAUUCUUUGGAUAUUAAUGGCGAAGUUUUAAUAGCAGAAUAAAAUUUAUUUUAUAGCUGGGUUCCGAAUUUAUUUGCUCAAAUAUUCGAUGAAGUGUUACGGUGCAUUUUUGAAAAACGCACGGCAUUAAAUUGCAUUUUGAUAGAACGCUCAGAAAAAAAUAAUCUCUGUUCAUGAACAUUUUCGCAAAGAAUAAACAAACGUUCUGAGAGAAGGAUUAAUAUUUUAUAAGGUAAUAAGUUAAUUUAAUACCCACAAAAUGAAGACGAAAGGCGAGGAAGUUCCAAACUGUACAUAUUCCCGCAUAAAAGCAGAAAAACAGACAAAAGCAAGAGGUGAUGACAAUAGUAUUAUGACAGAAAGUAACGGGUCAUUGGACACGCAGCAAAUGGUAGAUUCGUUUGUCCAGGAGGUCAUACAAAAAGCGAAAACGGAAUAUUUUCGACAGUGUGACGAAAAUGAGGCUAAAUCACGUGGUCCCAAAAAUGAAAAACGCCGAAAAGAUAAAGAAAAUGGCAGACUAGCUCCUGAUAAAUCAUCAAAAAAGUCUGGUAAAGACAAGCCAAAACAUCGCCACCAUUACAAGUACUCGGAUCCGGUUGAUGAGAAGGAGAUAUCUGAAUAUGAGCAACAAGACAGAGACUCGCUACUCCAGUGGAACCCAAAUUUUGGCGCUGUAACCUCAGAUUCAAGAAAGAACUCAACGAACAGGAAUGGAUUUUAUAACCGAAUGGUGGCAACGUUUCGUCGCCUACUAGGCUGUUGUUUCGGCAAAACUUAGCGUUAGUUUCAGAAGCCAUUCCGAUGAGAAUAAAGUCCCUAUUUUUGCAUCAUUAUGUUAGAGCCAUCGUAGAUUUUUUGUAUACUGUACCGUGUAAGUUAAAAAGCAUUUACGCCAGAAUGAGGCCAGACCGGUAGUGGUUUUCACAAUACAGGAAAGUCAUGAUACAAGCCGAUAUAUCUUAAAAGUGUUGUGAUUUAUUGAAACUGUGUAACUGUUACAUGUAAGCUGCCUUAAAUAGAAAGGAUAAUUCGUCAAUUAAAGAGUGAAUAAUGUCAAACAUGUGGCAUAAUGAUGGAGAGAAUGUUUUGUUAGAAAUAGAACAUUGUUGGAGAACAUGAGUUGUUGUGGAUUCAUGUGUAACGUAUGUUAUAUAUAGUUUGUUAUACCCAGUAUAUAAAGAUUGACAAUAUAAAAACACUGCCGCGACUUUAAAGCGUUCCUACACAUUAACCUAAUUAGAUUUUAUCACUUGCGUUCAAUUACGGAAUAUUUGUUACGUAUACUUUAAGAAAAUUUGUUCAGCCUAUACUGGAAUAUGCCAUCAAGUCUACUAGCAAAGAACAAAUAUUGUUAAGGACAAAUUUCUUCCACAGGAUUACCGACCUAUUCAAAACUAUUUUAUUUGCAUAAACAGGAUUUUGUGUCAAAAUGUAUGAACAGGAAUUGGUUAUGCUUAUGAUAAGGCUAACGGGCAAGGGAUAGCAAAAUUGAACAUUCUGCAAAAUUGGACUUAUGAAAAUGCAAGAAUAAUCAUAGAGUUCAGUUUUGGUAACUUUCGAGGAAGUGUAGAGCAUGGUAAUUGCCUUAAGUCUAUCCAUUCAGUCAGGACAGUUUAUUCCUUAUGCCGGACCAAUUUUGGGAGGCAAAAUGGACCGAAUUGCUCAUUUAUCGAAAUUUCUCACUUGCAGAUGAUAUAAAUGCAAAUGACUGUCCUUAAGGCGUUACAUGUUUUCAUAGAUUGACGCUAGACGUAUGUUAUGGUUAUGAAAAAAGUUCACUUAAAACGUCUACCUUUCUCGCAAAUUUGAGCGGUAUUAAAAUGAAUUGAUAGUCUGAGUAACAUGACUUCUUUCAAACUAUUAAAUAUUCUUGGAAAAGUGUUUGAACGUGAAAUAAUUCUUAACAAUGUCUGACAGUCUUAAAAAGAACUCGAAGAUUUCCAAUCAUCAUUUGCAAAUAUUGUAAAAUGAAAUAAACACAUGAACCUUUAUAUUUAAUUUGAACAUAUGAUAGAAAACAAAAUACAUUUACAACUGUGGAAAGGUUCCGGACAGAGAAAGAUCCCAAAAGCCCCUCUUAGCAUUGAUACCUGCACGGGCAGGGGCAUAGGUAGAACCACUGAUUUUCCGCAGCAACUCAGAUGGACCGACAAUUUUGCCUCACGCCCUAAACGUUGAAUGGCAAGUGAUUCGUAGCUAGCGCUCUUGACUAAGGAAGUAAAGGCGUUUUAUAUUUCAGCACCACCGUACACUCAAAACUCAAAACAUUUCACUAAGUUUGUAACCAACUCUAAGCAUUUUAGUUGAUAAAUCGUGAUGUAGAGCAUCAAGAUGUAUGAAAAUAUUGUUUGAAUUUUAAUGUUCCUAUUUUGUAAUUGACCUUAAAAGCAAUGUCACCCUAUCAUUAUUGUUGUGUCUCAGAUGUUAAUAUUUUUCAGAAAAUAAAAUAAUUUCAAAACA